AGAUUCAAUUAAUUUACACAUGCAUUAUAUAUAAACAUAUAAGUAAAACAGUACACGUAUAUAUAUAGAGAAUAAGGAGAGACGUAGGAAAACAAAGAGAUCGAAAUGGGGUUGGACUGGGGACCGGUGUUGAUGUCGGUGGUUUUUUUCAUAUUGUUGAGCCCUGGAGUUCUGUUUCAGUUGCCUGGAAAGAGCAAAGCGGUUGAGUUCGGUGGGUUUCAAACAAGCGGUCCUUCCAUUGUCAUGCACACUCUCCUCUUCUUCGCCUUCAUCACCAUCUCUCUCAUCGCCCUUAACAUCCACAUCUACGCGGCCUAAUUAAUUAAACCCAGCUUCACUUCGUCUAGUUCCUUUAAUUUCUCAAUAUUUGCGUCUUCUUGAUUUCUGAUUCCCUUGUCGAAUUUUUAUUAAUUAAUGGUUUAUCAUGUUAUUCAUCCUUCUA